CCUUUUUUCUGCAUUGAUAUAGGAAUACACUAUAGAUGUAUUUUUCCGCCAAAGCUGGAAAGACGAGAGACUAAAAUUCAAAGGACCUAUGACUGUUCUCCGGUUAAAUAAUUUAAUGGCCAGCAAAAUCUGGACACCUGAUACCUUUUUCCACAAUGGGAAGAAGUCAGUGGCUCAUAACAUGACGAUGCCAAAUAAACUAUUACGAAUUACAGAGGAUGGGACGUUGCUAUACACAAUGAGAUUGACUGUGAGAGCAGAAUGCCCGAUGCAUUUAGAAGACUUUCCUAUGGAUGCACAUGCUUGCCCCUUGAAAUUUGGAAGCUAUGCUUAUACCAGAGCAGAGGUUGUGUACGAGUGGACACGGGAACCAGCAAGGUCAGUGGUUGUGGCUGAAGACGGCUCUCGAUUGAACCAGUAUGAUCUGCUUGGACAAACUGUGGACUCCGGAAUUGUGCAGUCCAGUACAGGGGAAUACGUUGUUAUGACUACGCAUUUUCAUUUGAAGAGGAAGAUCGGUUACUUUGUCAUCCAGACUUAUCUGCCGUGCAUCAUGACAGUGAUACUGUCCCAGGUGUCCUUCUGGCUUAACAGAGAAUCUGUUCCAGCAAGAACUGUAUUUGGAGUGACAACUGUCCUGACCAUGACUACCCUAAGCAUCAGCGCCAGGAAUUCUCUGCCCAAGGUGGCCUACGCCACUGCGAUGGACUGGUUUAUAGCGGUCUGCUACGCCUUCGUCUUCUCCGCGCUCAUCGAGUUUGCCACAGUGAAUUACUUGAAGAGGGGCUACGCGUGGGACGUCAAGAGCUUCGUUCCGGAAAAGCCAAAGAAAGUGAAGGAUCCUCUCAUUAAGAAAAAUAACACCUACACAGCUGCAGCUACGAGCUACACCCCUAAUAUUGCAAGGGACCCUGGGCUGGCAACCAUUGCCAAAAGUGCAACGAUUGAGCCCAAAGAAGUUAAGCCAGAAACAAAACCUGCAGAACCCAAGAAAACUUUUAACAGCGUCAGUAAAAUUGAUCGACUAUCAAGAAUAGCCUUCCCGUUGCUUUUUGGCAUCUUUAACUUAGUCUAUUGGGCUACCUAUUUAAACCGGGAGCCCCAGUUAAAAGCUCCAACUCCACACCAAUAACCUCAUUUGUUCGUAUAGUUCUGUUUCGUCUUUUGCUCUGGGAGUUGCUUCCCGUUUUCACAUACAGUAAUUCCCAUUUGCUGCAUUGCCUCUGUCUUCGAGAAAAUAAAGGUUUCUUUAUUUAACAAAAGGUAAAAUAUAUCUGUAUAUUUAAAAAAAACUUUGUGUGGGGGAGAGAACAAUAUAAACUAUAGUUUGGAAAAGUGAUUCUGAAAACGGGAAAGAAAGAGUUGUAG